GGCCGCCGGGGCGGGGCCGCGGCCCUUUGUGCUCCCAGAAUGCACCAGCGCCUCCUCCGCGGGAAACAAAAAUGGCGAGGGGCUGCGCUGGGGCCGGGCUGCCCGUGAGGCGGGUCUGACCGUCCCUCGCCGCCUUCCGCCUCGGGUCCGCGCCCGGGGGCCGCUGCACGCCGAGCGCCCGGCCGCACCGCGCCGCGCCGCCGGGGGAGGCUCCCGAGCUCGUCGAUUUCCCUGUAUGAGGCGGUUGGCACCACUGGAGAGACCGAAUGAGGAUAUUGUCCGAGUAGGCUGCGUUUGCUCGAGUGCGAAGAGAGCAGCACAAAGAGGCCUUCCUUGCCGGAAAUGGAGGGGAAGUGUGUCUUUGAGCAAAACACAGCAGGAGAAGAAUUAUAAAACCACAGAGACUCCGCCGCGGUGGGAAAUUCACUGGUCCAUAAGCGGUCUCCUUUACGUCGCAGCCAUAAGAGCUCAGCAUCUCUGGCCAAGCUGUCGGUGCAUGAUGGACAGAAAGCCAAAAAGCCACUUUGUAAAUUUGAGGAAGGUCAGGAUGUCCUAGCUAGAUGGUCAGAUGGCUUGUUUUAUCUUGGAACUAUCAAAAAGAUAAACAAACUGAAACAGAACUGCUUCGUUAUAUUUGAAGACAGUUCCAAAUCCUGGGUUCUCUGGAAGGACAUACAAACAGGAGCCACUGAGAGUGGGGAAAUGGUCUGUACAAUAUGUCAGGAAGAGUAUUCAGAAGCACCAAAUGAAAUGGUUAUAUGUGAUAAAUGUGGGCAAGGUUACCAUCAGCUGUGUCACACACCAAAUAUCGAUUCCAGCGUGAUUGAUUCAGAUGAUAAAUGGCUCUGUCGACAGUGUGUAUUUGCAACAACAACCAAGAGAGGUGGUGCGCUUAAGAAAGGACCAAAUGCCAAAGCACUGCAAGUCAUGAAACAAACGUUACCAUAUAAUGCAACAGACCUUGAGUGGGAUGCAGGUCAUAAAACCAAUGUCCAGCAGUGUUACUGCUAUUGUGGAGGACCUGGAGACUGGUAUCUAAAGAUGUUGCAGUGCUGCAAAUGUAAACAGUGGUUUCAUGAGGCUUGUGUGCAGUGCCUCCAAAAGCCAAUGCUUUUUGGUGACAGGUUUUAUACGUUCAUUUGCUCAGUUUGCAGUUCUGGACCAGAAUACCUCAAACGUUUACCCUUGAGAUGGGUAGAUAUAGCACAUCUAUGCCUUUACAACCUAAGUGUUAUUCAUAAAAAGAAAUAUUUUGAUUCGGAGCUUGAACUUAUGGCCUACAUUAAUGAAAACUGGGAUAGAUUGCAUCCUGGUGAGCUGGCAGACACACCAAAAUCGGAAAGAUAUGAGCAUGUCCUGGAGGCAUUAAAUGAUUACAAGACGAUGUUUAUGUCUGGAAAGGAAAUAAAGAAAAAGAAGCAUUUGUUUGGCUUGAGAAUUCGAGUUCCUCCUGUGCCACCGAAUGCUGCUUUAAAGGCUGAUAAAGAACCAGAAGGAACUUCACAUGAGUUCAAAAUUAAAGGCAGAAAGUCAUCUAAACCAAUCCCUGAUGUGAGGGAAUUAAGUAAUGGUAUAGAAAGAAAGGGGAAAAAAAAAUCAGUGGGUCGUCCACCUGGUCCCUAUACAAGAAAAAUGAUUCACAAAACUCCAGAGUCAUCUCCUCUGGAUAAUGAACCAGUUCCAGUGAUAGAGAACCCAGCCUUGGAAUUACCCUGCACUGUUGGGAAAUCUGAUGGAACUGCACAUUCAUCCAAUACCUCAGAUGUGGAAUCCACAGGUGCUGCCAGUAUGAAAGAAACUACCUCAUCUAACAUUUCCAGACAUUAUAGUUUAUCUGACUCGAGAAAAAGGACUCGUACAGGAAGAACUUGGCCUGCUGCAAUACCACAUUUGAGGAGGAGAGGCCGCUUUCCACGAAAAGCACUCCAGACUCAAAACUCAGAAAUUGUAAAAGAUGAUGAGAGCAAGGAAGAUUACCAGUAUGAUGAACUCAAUACAGAGAUACUUAACAACUUAGCAGAUCAGGAGUUACAGCUCAAUCAUCUGAAGAACUCCAUCACUAGUUAUUUUGGUGCAGCAGGUAGAAUAGCUUGUGGGGAGAAAUACCGUGUGUUGGCUCGUCGGGUGACACUUGAUGGAAAGGUGCAGUAUCUUGUGGAGUGGGAAGGAGCAACUGCAUCCUGACUGUAGGACUGAACAUUAUGUUCACUGCACUGUCAUCUGUAAGUACAGUUCAUAAUGCAGAGCCACGAGAGAAAUGGUCUUUAAAUGUGUUUCUAAAAAAAAACAAAAAACAAAACAAAACCAGUUUAGCCUUAACAUGUAAUUGUUAUCAUUACAGCUCUUGUGAUAAAGACUUAUCUUUUUAAAAUCUGAUCUGAGACUUAAAUUUUUUAAUCUGAACAUUGUUAGAUUGUUUUAGGUUGGGAUAUUUUGGGUUACAAUUGCUUAAAAAUGUGCAUGGUGUUUAAAAAAAGAUGACAUUUUCUAGAGAACAUUCCAUGGAUACAGUUAUUGUGAUUUAGAGAAAAUAUUAUGUAGAUAGCACAAAUAUUUGAAAAAUCUUGGUUUGUUUUCUUACCCAAAUGUUUGCAGAAAUGUAUUUCUAUUUCAAUACUUUCUAGAUUUCAUAAGUGCAGUGUAUAUAAUGCCUACUGGAGACUGUAAAAUACUGAAGUUUUCUUUCAAACAAAGUGUAAAAAAAAAAAAAAAAAAAAAGAAAAAAUAUAUUGAGCCUGUAAAUUGCUCUGUGACCAGACUUCAUUGUCUUCUUAAUAUAUUCUGUGUGUGUGUGUGCGUGUGUGCGCAUAUACAGCGGUGUAUAUGCACACACAGAGCUGGGCGUGUAUAUAGAUGUGUGAUUGUGACCUAUGCAAUACAAAUUAUGGGAUCGGUCGGCUUCUGAGAAUACAUCCCAUAAUUCUUUUUUCAGGAAUAGUUGCCAGUAUUUACACAGCAGCAUUUCUUCUCAGGCUUAUUGGGUGCUGUUGCUUUUUAUGUACUAAGGAAAAGUGUCCAACCAGUGCAGCGUGUUCUGGCAGUGGGUGCAGUCAUUGAUGUUCAUCUGCUCUACAUUCCAUUAUUUUCCAUUCGAAUUAACCGCUAAAAAAUAAUGCAAGAUCUGAAGAUUUCGAAAUUAAUUCUACUGGAAGUAACAAUUUGAAAGCUCUUGUGGCAUUCUGAUUGUAAAUUUCACGUCCCAAUUAUAAAGUAAGUUGACAGGAGUCGUGCAGUAUUUCUACAUACCUGUAGAACAGUCAUAUUUUGAUAAAUGUAGUAUGAACUAAGUGUAUUAUUGCACAGGGUCAACAAAUGUUGCCAUUUGAAGUAGCGUUACUGAUUUUAUUACAACAUUACCUCUUUUGUGUUUAUAAAAUGUACCAAGUUUUAAAUUGGUAAGAUUAUUUUACUUGUUAAAAAAAGUCAAAAAGUCUCUUGCCAGUAUUAGAUAUUUUUUCUUUGUCUGCUACUUUUGAGGGGGUUUUAGCCAAAGAGUAAACAGAAGAAUAUUUUUACUUUGGUGGUUAUUCACUGUACUGUAUAAGGUUAGUGUUCUUACAUGCUUACAGUUUGCCACCAAAAUAAAAUUAUGUAACAUUAGCAAAUGACAGAGUGGUUUAAAGUGUACUGCCUGAGUUAGUACUUAUUUAUUCCAUUACUUGGUUAUUUGACUUUUUCUGCUCAUCUUGAACAUCUUGAAAAGGUGACUUUUUUUCUGAAUUUUUUUUGUCACCUUAUAGCCAAAGGAAGCAGAGAAAGCUUUUUAUCCUGUGUUUGGCUUAUGGCUGGCUGGGUUAUAUUAGCUUUAUAAAAAUGCUAAUUAAAAACUCCCACUUCUGUUUACCUUCACUAAAAUGUGUGGGGUUUUCUCACACCCUCAGCUAUUAAUUUCAUGUUGCCUUGCCUAUAGCUGCAAUAUUUUGAUAACACAGCAACUUCAUGUUAAUUUUUGAAUGUUUAUAUCUUGAGAUAAUGCAAAAUGUAAAGCCUUUGUAACCUUACUCACACCAUCUGUAUUUGUCUUUAUUGUUUCACUUUAUCCAAGUCCUUUAAUUCUAACUGAACACCAGCAGUAUUUUUCAUAAAGAUUCAUUUAAUGAUAAAUAUUGGAAUGUACUUGGGGACCUAAGUGGGGGAGGUGUGGGGAGAAAAUACUUGUCAAACUUCAGCUGUCCGUAGACCUAACUAUUGUGAAUGUUGUUUUCAUUUUAUUAUGGUGGUUGACUUAACUCUGAUGUUCAGUUUGUAUUUUUGGAAUUGCUUUUCUCUUAGAAUUAAAAGACCAACAUUAAAUGUGUGUAUUUUUUGAGAGAGAAGAAUGAGUUUUGAUUCUGUACUCUUGUGAAGCACAUACUUGGUGGCAUCCUCCCAUCCAUCACUUCCCAAUCUCUAGCUUUCCUGUUCCUGUCCUGGAGACACUUGCCCUGCACAUAGACACUAACUGGUGUUCCAGCUAUGGUUGAGGGAUGCUUUCUUACAAGGUGUCAUGUACUGGAAAAUGCUGCAAUAGUGCUGCUGAAGAUAGAGCUAGAGUAGUAAUUAAAGCACACCUACAAAUGCCUUUCUCAUUUUAUGUGGAUUUCAUUGUAUGUAGUAGUGGUGUGUCUAAAGGAAAAAGACAAAUGUUGCUGUAUGUAAUGAUUUCAUUUUGGUAUAACUCGGUCAUUGUAUGUACGCAUGUGUGUAAAUAUAUGUAAUUCAACUUUGUUGUGGUCACUGAUUUAGAAUCAUUUCUAUGUGUAUAUUUAAUAUUUUUCCAUUACGUUUUAUUUGUAUUACAGUAGUAUUUAGAUAGAAGUCUCUCGUGACAGUUCUAAAAAUAUAAGGUAUCGCAUGAACAAGACAGCAAAGAAAUAAUGGCACAAUACUGGUCAGAAUUGUAAGAUAUGCAUCAUAGCAAACUAUUUGUCAAAUCAUUGUUCUCAACAAGACUUCAACAGGAAUUUUGAAUAAAACGAUGGUUUUUCUAUGCAUAACGCAUUUUGAGUGAGAUUACGAGGGAAUUUUGAAAAAUCUCUAAGCAUGAUACAUGAAAUGAAGGUCAAUAUUUUGAUGUAACAUUAUGACAAAUACAUUUAAAAAGGCCUUUAAAGGUGAAGACAAGCACUUUAUUGUCUAGAGGGUGGGGAGAUAAUUUAAUAAACAGAAAAAUGGUUUGUCUUUGGAACAUCCUACUAAAGUGAUCUUUAGUGUUCUAUUUUAAAAGGAAAUUGGUGAGUUGAGGUGGAACAUACCAAGGCUGACGAUGGAACAAUAGUCAGAACAGAGUGAUAAGGAUAAACUGGACAGAAGCAUCAGCUCUAUGCACAGAGGGAAGAGGAGGAGUCUUGCAAAUGCUAUGCUGGUAAUAUGUUCAGGCACAUCUCUAGCUGCCUCACAUGUCUGAAUGAAAAAUAAUACUCCAGUUAAGGGCAUGAUGGAAGAAAAUUACUUUUUGUAGGGAUGGAGAAAAGGGUUUAGGAAACAUUGAAACAUUGUUUGGUCAAUGUUGAACUUAAAUACCCAUACUGAGGUGUCAGAUCUAUUGAUAUCCUCGUUUAGUAAAAAAACAUUAAUGCACGAGUUAAACUUUGGAGUUGUCAAUGUUUGUAGAAAAGUUUGCUGGUGUUUUGGUUUUUUUUUUUUUUUUUGUAAAUUGGAUCAUCUGUAGGUGAGGUGUGGUGAAAUGAAAGACUCGGGAAAAGAGUCUCCGUUGGAGUCCCUGAAUGAAAUUGGAGAGGGAAACAACCGUCUUUUAGCAAAGGUAGUGCAGGACAGUAGAAAGGAAAACAAAAGACACUUACCAGUACAAGCUGUGCACAGUCUUAGAAUGAGCUUGAAAUGUGAUGCUUUUGGUGUCUUUCAAUUUUGUCAUUCAGCAACAAUGAAACAAGAUUUUUGUAUUGUCUUGGUGUUUUACUGUUUUGCAUUUUUGAAUCCCUUAAUGUUCUCAGCUAGCCCACCUCUGCUAUUUUUUUAAAUUAGGUUUGUACAUAUUUCGGUAUUGAGAUCCAUAUACCAUAAUAUCAACAGUUGUUCUGGUUUUCAUUAGUACCAAAAUAUUUUGCCAGCAGAUACUAAUUUUUCAAAUACAGCUGUAGUUCAUACCAUUCUUUUCAUAUAAUCUUCUAAUCUGUUUACUGAUAGUAUUUCACCAGCAUGUGUUUUUCUUGUUCUAAUUUAUGUUUCCAGCUUCUCAAUUUGACAAUAUUCAGAUUACUUCCCAUUGUUAGCUACUUAGUGUUUGGCACUGAUUGACUUCCAUGUGGUUUUGGUUUCCUAGUCCUCUGCUUAUUGAAUGUUCAACACAGUACCUUCCAAGCCUGACAUCUGCAGUUUUACUCUUAACAAGCUCAUUUACUUCAAAACCUGUUUUAAAGCAGGAAGCUAAUUAAUAGUUAUAUCUUGCUCUAAAUAAAGUUUUUUUCUGCAAGCACCACUUCCAAGUCCUUCAUUUGUGCUUUGCCAUUCUCUAAUGAAUACUCACAAAACUUGGCUAUUGUUGCAUUAGCUUGUGUCACCAUCCAGUGGGAUAGUUACUGCUUUGCUGUGUACCUGUUUUGCUCAUUCAUGAUCAUUACUGGUUGCCUGCUUUGUGUUAUGUGAUUGCUCUAAUCUGGUAUUCAUAACUUCACAAAUUGCUUGCAUGAUUGCAGAAACCAGAAAGUACUAUGGGUAAAAUUCUAAAGAUAUCAACAGUAGUUGGAAAUUGUGGGAAAGGGAAUGAAUUAACAACUGGAGAGGUUUUAACUCCAUUAAAUCCUUAAGCAUAAAAGGACUUCUAAUAGAUGUUUAAUUUCAGGUCCCUUUGCAUAAGGUUGAAAUUAAUAGAUAUAUGCUUCUAGAACUUCUCUUUUGGGAAAUCUGUGCCUUCCUUAUGCACCUGUGUUCCAAUUCAGCAGGUGGCAGAUGGAGAAUGAGGAUGGAUAUCGUUUCCAGAAACUUGGUAUGCACAAAGGGAAGGGGUUUGUGAAGAGUAUGGGUUCCAAAUCUCAUUAACUGCUGUCAGCUGUAGCACUUGAUAGCAUGAGAGAUGUAAUUCAGAUGCUUUUGGUGAAACUUCAGCAGUGUAGGUGGGAUUACUACUACUUCUAAGUUGUUUUUCAUUAUUUUAUUACUAUUUUAUUAUCUUUGCCUUUGAUAAAAAUCAACAGUUAUGUGAAUUGUUUUUGAAAACAGUAAGUUAUGUAGCUUUUGAUUGCAUUUUUAAUUUUUGUAAUGAUUUGUGUCAAUUGUGCUUACUCACCUCUUACUGUGUUAUUCAUACAGCAUUCCUCCUGUAUGAAUAGUGAAUUUCUGUGAGAGUACUACUGGAGCCAGGGGAAAAGCAUGGAAAAGGAAGGGCUUAACAGAAGCCAUUUCUCAGCAGUAACUAAGAGAUGUGUUUCCUGUCUACACCACAAGUUGCUAAGUUCUCAAAUGAAAGUCUUGAGGAGAAUUGUUCUUUGAAACACAGGAAAGGAACUGCUAGUUUUUAAAGACAUCAGAUAGAGCUCAGUCUUCUUAGUUUCAGGCUGUCUUAAUUAAAAUUUUGGAAUAAUGAGUCUUUGGAAGAGACUGCCAUAUAAAUAUAAAAAAAAACUCCAUACAGGAAAAAAAAAAAAAGUAAUUUUAUGUGACUAAUUGAGUAAAAUCUUUAAAAAUGUGGUCUUAACACUACCAUGUGGUCAUGGAGUGAGGAUGGUGCUGCACCCUGACAAACAAGUGCAGUUAAACAAGGCCCUGCUGCACUGCUGAGCACGAGAAACAACAUGCCAGCCUGAGGCACGAGGCUGGGGUGUGUUGUACGGGAGACAGAAGGCAGAAGGUGUCAUUUCUCAUGGUGCAUGCUUGGAGAGAUCAGGAAAGGGAACUUCUGCAGGUAUUUCUUAUGUCUGCAUCCAAAAAUAGCUCUUAAGAGUUUUUAAUGCUCAGGUACUUUUUCAAGUCAAAUCACUGUUGCUUCUAUCACUAAUUGCCCAAUCCGACAACGUAAGAUUGUACUUAGCAUUUCACGAUUUCAUUGAUUCAAAACACAGCUUAAAUGAAGUUCCUGUUUCAUUGCUUUCAUAAUGUGGUUUGCAGGCUUCCGGACAGGCCCGGGUGUCUCAGGAGUCUUAUGAAAUGGUAAAUAAGCUUGGAUUUGUCAUGUUUUACUCAGCCAAAAAAAUACUCCAAUAUUUGAGCUUUAUUCUCGAGAUCUUAUUUUAUGAAUAAUGCAAAUAUAUUCUAUAACUACUAGUAAUUUAUAUGAUGAGAUUCUUAAUUGUGAGCUUCAGAUUGUGAUACUAUUUCCUGUAGAUGUUUGCUGCUGAAAUACAGUUAAGUAUGUUAAAUACUUUCUAAGAGAAAGUCCAGAGGUUGAUGUCUUUCUGAUCUGACACCUGUGUAAAUUUUAAAUUAUUUGCACAGAUUAAGUUGAUAUGUGCAGUGAAUAAGAACAGAAUGUGAAAAUUGCACAAGGAAGAAAUGAAAAAGCUGCAUUACUAAAACCAAAUUUCCUGUUAGCUUGGCAUCCUUGAUCUUUUGCAGAUUCAUAGGUAUUCAUAGCAUUCUUCCUUCAUUACAAAACAACACAAACAUAGGUUUAAACUUGAUUUAUUGAAAAUCUCAGUUUUGCAUAAUUAUUCAACAUCUGCAAGUCUUAAAACAUUUAAUUCUGAAGAAAAAGUCCAAUAAGAAAAAAAUUGUAAUUUAUAGUUUCCUUUGUAAAUUUUAUACAGUCAAAAGCAAUCUACUCUUCAAAAUCCAAGUACAAUGUUACUUAACUGCAAGUUUGUAUGCCAAAUCCUUCACCUAUCAUAAACAUUCCAGCUGCCAAAGCCAAUGAACCUUUCCAGUUAUUCCCUCUUUCAUUUUCUAUAGUGGACCUUGAACAAAGAGCAAAUACAGUCAGAGCUCUUAUUUGCAGAACAAUGAUUUCUUCCAGGUGAACUCUGCUGCCGAUUGUUGCAUUUUCCUUCUCCCAGAGAUCGCUGUUUGUAACAGGAGCCCCUGAACUGCAGCAGUCUGGUCAGAGCAGGCUGCACCCAGCAGCAGGUUACACUGGGACACCAAACGGUUUUGUCACUGAUGUGUAGCUACAGAGAGGCACAGCAGAGCAGCUGGGGAACCCAAUCCCUUAAGGUGCCCUUGGAAAACUCGGCAGAGCUUACCUAUUGGAGUUCUAAGCUGAAAUCUUGACUCUAGUAGCUUGGAGAGCAGAGGUAGAUGUCUUAGUCACAGCUUCCCAGAGCUGGUUCAGCAUUUUGCAGAUGGUUUGGAGCAUCACGCGUGGUAAUGCACACAUAGAUAACAACAUGGUAUAGUGCUACUGGGAGAGGGACAGGGAAGUGGCAGGAAAACAUUAUUUGCUUCUCUAGCUGAAAGAAUUACUUUUUCCUAGAUCUUGUUCUUAUCACAGAAAUAAGCUUUCUACUUCCGGGCAGUUUAGAAUAGAAAGCAUCAUAUGGAAGUAAGAUACACAAAACCUGCAAGGGGUACACUCUUAUUUUGGACACAGUUUUGCAGAAAUAUGAAGUAGCUCAACAGCCUUUGGAGCCCUCUAUAACAAGUUCUGUAAUAAUAAUAAUUAUAUUUUACUUAUAAAAACUAUUUAGAAAUAUUAUUGCUAGGUCCUCUUCUCUGAAGUUGAAGCUGAAGUGCUGUUUCUGUGUUCUGUAGCCCUUGCUAUCAUCUGUUUCAUUUGAACAACAUACUUCUUCAAUGCACCUAGUGACCCUGUUUUUAUUCAUAAAACACUAUUUAAUCACAGAAAGUCUCAAAAUUGCAACUCUGCCAUUCAUACAGAUGACCCCACAACAGGCACAACACUACUACAGAUACUGUUUUUAAAACACUUCUUAAAAAAGUGUUUUUAAUAAAGUUUUAAAAAACUUAUGAUGAGAUGCAUUUAACACAUUUAUACAAGAAAUUCAAAUGACUUGGCACUUUGUAAAAAUUAACUAACUUGAAACUACUUU